UCUAUGGGCUGACAACAUACAAUCUGGCCUUCGGCGUGUAGUGUGUAAAUAUCACAUUAUGAUUUGUAUUAUUUCAAUCUGUUAUUGAUUGCUGAGUUUAAAGUUUUCCCUUUAUCUGCUUGAAGAGCUUCUCCAAUCCUCCAGCAGUAUGCAUUGGGUUUGAAUUGUUGACAGUACAAUUUGUUGCCUAAAAUACUAAGAAAAUAAGUCCCAUUGCAAAAUAGAAUUAUUUGCCCGAAGUAUAUCAGAUUAUAAUAUUUGUAUGACAGGACACCUUUGCUUAUUUGACCAAGGACCAAAUUUUCAUGCUAUGCAUCAGCUGAAAAGGAGUUAUAUUUUUGCUCAAGAUAUAUUUUAUUUUCUUCCUUAAAGUGGCAUUUAGAAGCUGCUAUGAUGAAGUGUUCCUCUUUAUUUUUUAUUUAAUAAAGUACCUGCUGAAUUAUGUAUUUUAUGUUUGACUUGAUGAUUUAUUCUUAUUGAAGGUAGCUGCAGAGACAGAAAUAAUUGGGGUUUCCACUGCUUAUUGUUGAGGUCUGACAAUGGUGCUCAAAGUAUGUGUGAUUGGGGCUGGUAUUAUUGGACUAUCAUCAGCCAUUCAGAUCCAGGAGAGAGUGGGACAGGGGGAGAUAACUCUUGUAGCUGACAAGUUUUCUCCGGAGACUACAGGGGAUGGAUCAGGUGGAUUCUGGAAACCUCACAUGUUAGGAGAAACUCCAAUUUCUGAUUUAAGACGCUGGAGCGAGACAACAUGGAAGCAUCUGAUCUCUAUAGCAAUGUCUCCCCUGGCAGCCCAGGCUGAAGCCUACAUGGUGUCUGGCUACUCACUGUCCAGCAGGUCACAGUACCAGGAGGAAUGGUGGAAGGACCUUGUGCUGGGCUACCGUCAUAUGACUCCGCUGGAGCUGCAGAUGUUCACUGAUACAAAGUCAGGUGUAUUCUUCACAAGUGUUCAGAUAAACGUUGUCUCCUAUAUGGACUUCCUGUUAAGAAGAUUUCAGAAAAAUGGUGGAAAGAUCCUGAGGAAAACUAUCACCUGCAUUGACGAGGUGGCCUGUGACUACGAUGUUGUUGUGAACUGCUGUGGGGUCAGAGCCAGGCAUCUACUCCAUGACUUUGAGGUCACACCAGUCAGAGGUCAUCUCACCAGGGUUCAGGCUCCAUGGGUGAAGCACUUUGUCUUGAAGCUGGAUCCAGGGGAAGAAGCAUUUGUGUUGCCGGGGGUGAUGACCUCAGUGUUAGGUGGCGCAGAUGAGGUCGGCAACUGGAGUAAAGAGGUCAGGGAUGAAGACAAGAGAACUGUGUGGCAGAGAUGUUGUCAGCUGAUGCCGAGUCUGCAGAAUGCCAAAGUGGACCAUCACUGGGUGGGUUUACGUCCCAGUCGGUCUCGUGUCCGACUGGAGACAAAGCAUGUCACAGUCCAGGGGAGAAAAGUACCUGUUAUUCACAACUAUGGCCACGGUGGUUCUGGUGUGACGCUGCACUGGGGGUGUGCUGCGGAGGUGGCUGACCUUGUACUCCAGGAGAUCCAAGUCAGGAGACGCAAGGCCAAACUCUAAGGAUCUCAACAGUCAUCAUUUACCUGGCUGUCAAGAUGUACUACAGUCUAUAUAUCCCAGAUGUACUACAGUCUAUAUAUCCCAGUCUGUAUACAAUUAUCAGUCCAUUUACCACAUCUCAGGUCCAAUUUCUUUACUUCUAUAUUUACCAAAGAUCUUACAAUUUCAAUGAAACAAAUAUUAAAAGUAUCAGUUGUAAACAGAAAA